AUUCUCAGUUCGGUUUUGGCGCAGGUCGCACGCGCCUCCACACGUAAAACAAUAUAUAUUUUUAACAAGCAACACCCUCGCGGGUAAAUAAAUAUAAUAGGAUAGUUUAAGCUAAUCCUAUAUUUAUAUCAAAGCGAUCUCAUUGCUCGUAGCAGUUAUAUCGUAGCAUUGUUUCUACGAGACGUGCGUUCUGUUAGUGCAGUUUUUUGCUCGCGUGUUCAUUUCUUUUUAAUUCAUCGAUAUAUUUGUGAUAAGUUUUAUUUACAAUGGCGAUGAAAACAACGAAUGUAGAAGUGGGUAAUGACGCCGCAACGGACAUCGCGGGCACACGAGCUCAGUCAGACAAAGUACCGGCUGGAACGUCCUCCAUCAUCGGUCUAAACGAUGUGACGGACAACAAGCUAAUCUGGCGACAACUGGUGGCGGAAUUGUUGGGCACAUUUGUGCUGACGUCACUCGGCGUGGCGGCGUGCAUUGCCAUCACGGCAGCGCAGGCGCCGCAGACCACCAGCAUCGCGCUCGCCUUCGGUUUACUCGUUGGCUCUAUUGUGCAGGCGAUUGGACAUGUGUCCGGUGGUCAUAUAAAUCCUGCGGUCACAUGUGGAUUAUUCGUAUCCGGGGACAUCAAACUAUUGAAGGCCAUCUUCUACAUCCUGGUGCAGUCGUUGGGAGCCGUUGCUGGCGCUGCCUUCAUCAGGUUAGCUGUGCCCGAAGCAGUAAUAGAAAAUGGUUUUGGUUUGACAUUACCAGGAACAGGCGUUAGCGAGGCUCAGGCGUUGCUGAUUGAGGCGCUGGUGACAUUCCUGUUGGUGUUGGUGGUGCAUGGUGUGUGCGACGGCCGCCGUAACGACCUCAAGGGCUCCGCGCCCCUCGCUAUUGGACUUACCAUUACCGCGUGCCAUGCAGCCUGCAUUCCAUUCUCCGGAUCGAGUAUGAAUCCAGCAAGAUCUUUCGGUCCUGCGCUGGUCAUAGGCGACUGGAGCUCACACUGGGUGUAUUGGGUGGGUCCGAUAGUGGGUGGUGUUGUUGCCGGACUGAUUUAUAGGUUCGUGUUCCGCAUAGGCAAGAGCGGCGACAGUGGCUCCUACGAUUUCUAAACGACCGAGUCUCAAUGAUAGAUCGAGCUUCCCUUCAAUGUGCCUUCAUUCUCUAUGAGCUUCAACGUCUUCAUGAGAUAAAGCUAUUUGAGAUGAUUAUUUGAUAGUAUUGGGGUAAUUUAACAUAUCUCUUAACUUUGACUCUUCUAUUUAAAAUAUGAUAAAGCAAAGUUUUUUUUUUUCAUUAUUAGUACUUCAGUUAAAUAAAUGAUGAAGUUAAUUAUACAAAUGAUGGUUUAAAAUUUUACUUUCGAGAUUCAAAUUAUGUUUGUUUAGAGUUGUUAUUUUUUAUUAGCGAUACUAUAUUUUGUCGUAUUAAAGUUUACAUCGAAUGCUAUCACUACACAGAUGAAACUUUUUGUUAUUUAUUUAAAAAAAUAUUAUAUAUCGAUUAUAGUAGCACAUAUAAUAUAUUGUGAUGGGGUGAAUCGAUUCGAUGGUUAAUUAUAUUUUGAAACUUCUACUUUCAAAAAGACUAUUACUUUGAUAUUGAAAAACUUAGAAUCUUCAGUUCAUCCCAACAAAGAUUAAUAUGAUUUUUGUAAGAUAUAAGUUAUUAGGGGUUUAUACAAAUGUUUACCUAAGGCUAUUUAUAUUAUGUGAAUAAAGUAUUAUAAUUAAGUAUACAGAUAAUUAUUCAACAUACUGUUGUUAUAAUGAGUGCCUGAGUUAUGAGUGAGAGUACCUACGAGAUUAAAGACUCGUCAAGAUAGAUUAUGUGGACAUAUUAUUGUGAAAUAAUAUUAUUAUUAUAAAUAAACUUUAAGG